AUGGAGUUUGAUCCAUCAUCGCCUUCAAACGGUUACUUCUUCAUCCUCAAAGGACUCUCUCUUCUUCCAAUCUGGCAUUACUUUCUCAUCCUUACCACUCUUCUCCUAUGCUUCCUCUACAAUUUCCUCGAAAUCCAUUUCUUCGAAGAUCUCUUCACCGGAUUCUCCGGCUCCGCCGUUGACUUCACCUACCACUCCUCCUCCGAAAUCUACGACGCCGUCGUUUCAAAGUGCCGGAUUCUUCAGGGAAGAUAUUCUGUCACGCCUUGGCUUUCCAGUCCUCAUCUUCAAACGGUUUUUCUCAACUUCUUUGGUAGACCUCCCGUUUUCAGUUACAAAAGACAAUUAUUUACUACUUCUGAUGGUGGAACCCUUGCUUUGGACUGGGUAACUAACUCUGACGAUUCUAGCAGUGUUGUAAAUAAAGAUGAAUUUACUCCCAUUGCUAUUUUGAUUCCUGGUUUAACAAGUGAUUCUUCAGCUCCUUAUCUCAAACACCUUGCAUAUCAUACGGCAAAACGCGGAUGGAAAGUUGUUGUCAGUAAUCACCGAGGACUUGGAGGUGUUCCAAUCACGUCUGAUAUUUUCUACAAUUCUGGAUGGACUGAGGAUACUCGCACAGUUGUUAAUUAUCUCCACAAAGAGAAUCCCAAGGCGCCUUUGUUUAUUGUUGGAAAUAGUGUUGGGGCUAAUAUUCUGGUAAAAUAUCUUGGUGAGGAAGGUGAGAAUACUCCGGUAGCUGGAGCUGUAGCUAUUUGCUCUCCUUGGGACCUUUUGAUAACUGAUAGAUUUAUAACUCGUGCUCCUGUGCAAAAGUUUUAUGACAAAGCACUAACAGGUGGCCUUCAAGAUUUUGCAAAAUCACACAAGCCUAUCUUUUCUCGGCUUGGUAAUUGGGAAGGGAUAAUGAAGGCAAUUUCUAUUCGACAUUUUGAUGACCAUGCCACUCGUUUGUUUGCAAAGUAUGAGACUGUUGAUACGUACUAUAGGCGUUGCAGCAGUACUCCUUAUGUGAAAUCUGUAUCAAUUCCGCUUCUCUGUAUUAGUGCUCUUGAUGAUCCCGUAUGUACCAAGGAAGCCAUUCCAUGGGACGAAUGCAGGUUAAAUAAAAAUAUUGUGUUGGCCACUGUAAAGCAUGGAGGACAUUUGGCUUUCUUUGAAGGAAUAACUGCAUCUAGCCUGUGGUGGGUAAGAGCUGCUAAUGAGUUUCUUGAUGUGCUACACUCUAGCCAUUAUAUGCAUGAACAGAAGAAGGUCUCUAAACCAAAGGCACCAUUAGACUCGUCGAUCGAUCAGAGCCCUUAUAUCAAUGUUACCGAAGAUGGAAUGGUGGCUGCGUUGAACAAUGAACCAACAAUAGAAAACCAGAAGAAAAACAAGUAA